UCUUAGUUGAUCAUAACGAAUUCUAGCCGACAUGCGAGAUUGGUUGUGGUCUCCGGAGGAGGUGAAGGACACCCCAUCAGUCAGAGCAGGGAUGUCGCACUCAAAUGAAGCAAAGUUACGCCGAGAGGGUAUACGAUUGAUUAUGGAAGUUGGCACCGGAGUAAGAGCGAAAGCGUGGCCUACGAUAGGAACCGCAGCUGUAUAUUUUCAUCGGUUCUAUAUGUUUCAUACGUUUCAGGAUUUUCCUCGAGAGAUGACAGCAAUGGGUUGCCUCUUCCUUGCCGGCAAAGUUUCAGAAACGCCAAAGAAAUGCAAGGAUAUAGUCACUGCAGCGCAGAACGUGUUCCCAAGCGUUUAUGGGAAUAAGAAUCGGAACGCUUUCGUUGACGAAAUCAUGGGUAUCGAACGUGUGUUGCUACAAACAAUGAAGUUUGAUUUGCAAGUGGACUUACCAUAUCAAUAUCUUAUCGACUACUCGAAGAAAUUCAAGCUUACAAAGCCUGAGAUUAAUAAUCUCGUUCAUACAUCGUGGACAUUCGUAAAUGAUAGCGCUUUCACAGUUUUGUGCCUAAUUUGGGAGCCACAGGUCAUCGCUGUUGCACUGCUUCAUCUGUCCAUCACUGUGCGAAAAGUGAACAUAGGACUGCCCGACUGUUGGUGGAAUGAAUACAUCGCCAACUUGUCCAAUAGUUUGAUUGAUGACAUCUGUCAUAAGGUCUUGGAUUUCUACUCCAUAUCCAAGGAGGAAAAAAUGGAUUUCAUGCCUCCUCGACCAUUCAUCCUCGGUCAGACACCCGUUCUUCCUCCUACAGCAGCGGCUGGUCAUCAUCAAGGCAGUUAACCACGCGCUUUUGUAUUUUUUGGGUCAUACACGAGGUAUUUCGCUUUGAGUUUGUUUUUCUGUGAUAACAUUUCUUUGUUGUAAGAUAUUGGUAUCUGUAAUUGUAACUGUUUCCUGUGCUGUACAACUAGUUGUUAGAUUGCAUCUUGUUAGAUUUUUGUGUACUUUCAAUUGUUUU